AUGCUCCUCGAAAAAUGCGACAGUAGAGGAGUCGUCGGCGUCGGCGUUCUCGUCAAUACGAGUAUGCCCAUGAGCAUCGAUUCAUUCAAACACCUUACAACCCGAAUCGGACGUCUACGAUUAAAAAGAUGUAGAUCAGUACCGCUUUUAACUGUCUUCGUCGUUUACGCACCGACAUCAAACUAUGAGGAAGAAGAAGUCGAAGUGUUCUAUAUGGGCUCGGAGAAGUUCUACAGAGAAGACCACACAUUCUUCAAGGUCAUCAUUGGAGAUUUCAACGCCAAGAUUGAACCAAGAAGAACGUCACAUUGA